AUGUGCUGUUACCUUCUAUGUCCACCGACUCCAAACUCAAUCACUCGAAAAAUGGCGUUCCAUCCUCCACGAAAAGGCAAGAACUACACUAUUCAUCUCGCUGAAGAUCCAAAUGAACAAAUAGACAAUGCUUCUAAGGUCGUGAUUUUCUGUCAACCAAACGCAUCAGAUCUUGGCGAAUACCUACAGCCUUGCUGUGCAAACAUUCCGCUGAUGGCAGAACUAUUUGACACAGACGUAUACGCGUUCGACUACUCAGGGUAUGGAUACUCAUCUGGAAAACCUUCGGAAGCCAAUAUUUAUGCUGAUAUCCGCGCUGUUUACGAGUUUGUGAGAAAAAGCCGUCCUGAUAAGAAGAUCGUGCUGCUUGGUUUUAGCCUCGGAACGGCGACCGUUUCCGAUAUGGCUGCUAGUCGACCUGAAGGUCUUGCCGGCGUUGUGCUAGUGGCUCCAUUCACUAGCGGACUACGUUUAAUUGGUGAUCAACCAGAGAAACCUACGACGUGUACCCUUGAUCGCUUCAAUACGUACGACAAGGUGGGAAGGAUCGCUGUGCCGUUGUUGGUGUGUCACGGAAAUCAAGACGAGACGAUCGAAGUAGAGCAUGGAUUGGAGCUUGCUCGACGUGCACGGAGAGCCGUUCCACCACUCAUUAUUGAUGGAGCUAACCAUAUAACAAUCUUCAAUGGAAAGUACAUGCAGACAUUUACUCGAAUUCGGCGAUUUCUGGAUGAGGAAACUAACCAGUCUCAGGAGAGUGAGACUAAUACCAACAUUCGCGAAAGUGCACAAGAAAAAGUGAUCAUGUAA